CACAGUGCAAGGGGCAGUUUUGGAACGUCAAGAACCAGGUGCAGAGUCCUUUGAAGGAGAUACUUCAGUGCUGCUGAUCUCGGGCUAUAGGAUUCCUUUGGUUGACUGUGGUCCAUAGACCAGUCUGUGGGCGCCUUUGCCACCACUGCGGGGACAACACACAACCCAGCACACAACCCUUUCUUCAGCGUCUACUUCUCCACUCAGUGACCUUGGAUGCACCUCCAUUUCAUGUUCGAACCUCAGGCAACAUUCAAGUGCUGUUGCUUGCUCUGUGAGAGACAUCUGACUUUGGUUUCCAUGCGCACUGUUGUCCAACAUUGUGAACACCCUCUUUCUUCCAUCCCCAAGUUGGAGACAACUUCUGCUUUGAUUAGUGCUGCUCCUCAAACACAUCGUCCUUCCAAUAAUAGGUCCAAGGUCAGUUCUUCUCCAGUAAAAUGAGCAACACAGAAUUCCAGAACUUCUCCACCACUUGGUCUCCUUCUACGGAGUUCUCCAUCACCCACGAAGGGCCCCGACACGCCCAGGUCCAUGGCCAAGAACUCUGUUCCCAGCACCACCCCGGGGACAGCUUCAACAUCAUCUUAUACCAUUACAACCUCACAGGCCGGAUGAACGACAGGCGUCCUGAGGAGAACAAGAUGGACGCUCUCAAGAUGGUUGUGAUUGCCGCCAGCUGCCUCAUCAUUCUAGAGAACUUUGUGGUACUGUCGGCCAUCAUCCGCAAGGUGCGAGCCCGUCGAUGGGUCUACUCGUGCCUCGCCAGCAUCACUCUCAGCGACCUGCUGGCUGGCAUUGCCUACCUGAUCAACCUCUGCUUGUCAGGGAGUCGAACCUUCCAGUUGUCGGUCAACAUGUGGUUCCUCCGUGAAGGGGUCCUCUUUGUGGCCUUGGCGGCCUCCACCUUCAGCCUCCUGGUGACGGCCAUCGAACGCUACAGCGCCAUGGUGAGGCCCAUCGCCGAGAACGAGAGGAGCAAGACCAUUCGGCUGAGGGGGCUCAUUCUCUUCUGCUGGGGCUUGGCCAUCCUGAUCAGCCUUCUCCCGCUGCUCGGCUGGAACUGUCUUUGCGAGGUGUCCAGCUGCUCCACCCUGCUGCCGCUGUACUCCAAGAAGUACAUCCUCUUCUCCGUGGCCAUGUUCAGCAUCAUCCUGGUGGGCGUGGUGAGUCUGUACGCAUCCAUCUUCAUCCGGGUGCAGCAGAGUGCCAAGCAGGCCUUCUCCCGCAGCAGCCACCAGAAGUCCAUCCGUCUGCUCCACAUGGUUUUGCUGAUCUUGUUCGCUUUCCUGAUCUGCUGGAUCCCGCUCUUCAUCCUCCUGGUGAUGGACAUUUUUUGGGCCAACAAGAUGGGGGAACUGCACAAAAUGUUUGGCUGGUUCUUGACUUUGGCUGUCAUCAACUCAUUCAUCAACCCCAUCAUCUACUCCUUGAGAAGCACAGAGGUGAGGAGAGCCGUGGCGGAACUUCUCUGCUGCUGCUGCAUCCGAGCAGGGUGGCAUGGUCCCAAAAGCUGCCUGGCCAUGGGCGAGGUGAUCUCCAGCAAUUCCACCGGCACGGAGAGCUCCUUGAAGCUGCGCGAGAGCAUCCGCAGUGUGGCAGGGCCGAGCAAGAGAGCCAGGGAGCCUCUCUCCAGCAAUUCCAGCAUGAUGAGCACCUUCUUGUCAGAUCACACGUCAGCAUCACAUAUCCUGGACUAGGGCUGAGCCCCUUCUUCAGCAUGGGCCUCGAGACUUGGAUGUGCUGCCGCACUGCACCUUUCCCCGCACUGGAACUGUGGCUUUUCCCCCUCGGGGGCUUGUCAGGAGCUCCUCCAUGAGGCAGACCGCUCAAUCGGUCAGGGGCCCUGGGCUGAACGCCUAAGUGGGUGGCCAUUUGGACCCUCCUGGAGAGACAGAUGUUUAAAGAGCUUCCAGCUGCUGUCAAGCCUUGUUCAAGCAACACAGUUUUGUAGCAUAAGCUGACUCUGUGGUCAUUUGCCAUUCCUGACUUCUGGCUUUUCCCUUAUCCUGCAUGGCCCCCUCAGUUCUGCUUGGCUCUUUGGCCUUGCCUUCAGGCUCAUUCUAGCUCGGGAGCCCUUAACUGGAGCCUGGGUGAUGCAGGUGGAAGGAAAGCGAUGGAUUCCUCGGGCAAAGAUCGGGCUCGUGGUGAGACCCAGAAGGCAAAAUCAGGAACAGAAAGAGUCAAGAGGGAAGGCGUGACAGAAACUGAAUCAGGAACACGAAGUGGCUGCAAAGUUUCACUUUGUUGUAGCAAAGCAGAACAGGACCGGGGAAACCUUCCCAGUGCCUCCUGGAGCUCUCUGAGCAUCCUAACCCUUCAAGCAGCUACCACAUGCUAACUCUGCAAGGACUUUGAUGAUAAACCAGGUUGCUUUCUCUGUCAAGCCACCGGGAAACCUCAGCAGAUCCAAGCACCAACCCCCAUUGUUACUGCACAGAUAUGUAAACAGCAGGGGAUGCUGGGAAUUGUAGAAUUUUUUUGUCUAUUGGCCUCUAGGAUUGCAUGCUUUUAAUCCAUGCAGCUGAAAUCCUGCGCACAUAUCUGACAGUUACUGGAUAGAUAUGCACAGGAUGACAAUAUUACUAACCCAAGCUGGAUAAGUAACCUCCCACCCCGCUCUGCCUUUUGGAAAUAUGUUUGCAUUCUCACUUUAAGAUGUUAAGAUGUUCACACACCUCUGCCUUGUGAGUUUUCUGGAAAUAAAAUUACUGGGGUAUUGUACAACUCGGAGUGGAAACUUCUUCCUUGUUGCUGCUUGGGAAAAGCUGAAACAAAAGUUUGGCUCCGUGAUGAUUAUACACACACCCAUUAUAAAAAGAACACCCUUUGAGAUCCAACUGAGGUUUCCAGUGCUAACAGCUAAAUAGCAGAAAUCAGACCACAGAGGAAUGAGAGAGACUAACAAAAAUGGAAAAAGCCUUUAGGAAACCCUAAAAACCUACAGGGGAAAUUGCCACAUACCCAAUGAUGACCAGGCAUAGUUCGUGACUGUGGGAUGCUGAGCGUUUGUAUGGGGAGAGGAGAGGAAGCCUUUAUAGAGGAAAAGGAGCAGAGCAUCCUGGGAGACGGUGGGACCAUGAAGGAAGAACAUUCCUACAUUUCAGGACUUUGAGGAGAUUCCCGCUUGUAGGAAAUACGUGCAUUCUUGGUCUCGUUAUCGGCUUCAUGUUCUGAACUCUCUCCACCUCAAUUUCAAAACACAAGAAAUUGCUUUUUCUUUGGGAAUAUUGGGGGAAAAGUGCAUUGGUAAAAUUGGCAUCCAUCACAUUUGUACUAAUGCCAUCUUUUCAGGAGAUCAAGAGAAUGCAGAAAAGUCCGACUCUCUAGCUCACACGUACAUGUUAGGUUAUGGGUGUGAUAGGUUUCCAUGAUUGGAAAAAAUAGCAAAAGCCUCAGAAAAGAAGCAUCAUUAUUGUGCAUUAUUAAAAUGUGAUUUCCCCCCACCUCCGCCAUUGAAAAAUCACAUUUUACUCAAUCACAUAAAGGAGCUAUCACCUGGUGCAAAUGAGCCAGAGAUGAGUACUAUAGAGAGCUGGUUCAUCUCUCCCUCCUUCUAGACUGUUCCAAUAGAUUAAUUUGAUUCUGAGGAAGGGGCGGGGGAGGACUUUGGGCUUUCAAGUUUCCCAGGCAGAGUGUACAAAACAGAUCUGCUCUGGAAGGGGUGGAAGGGUGUUUGGCAUGGCAGGUGGAGCCUGGCAGGACACAGACCUUGACCCAGUGAGGUGAUUCGAAAUCUGCCCAGUGAGGGGAUCUCCACUGUUCCCACCAUCUUGCCCUCAAGUAGCAAGGGCCUCGAGGGUGGAGUUGGAAGGGAAAGAGGGGCAGUUUCCAGUUGGCAUUCAAAUUUUGACAGGGGCAGAGGCUACUUCCUCAACUUUGGCAGAAGGCUAUUUAGCAUCUGCACUAUUUUGUAAUGUAUUCAUUUUCAAUAAAAAGAUUUGCCUUUCAAA